UUAAACUGAUGGAUGAUACCUGAUAAGCAAUCAAGUGGCAGAUGCUGCUCCUCAGCCCCCUACGCCCCCAUACGAUAACCACAGAGGGGUGAAAGCUGCUGCUGGCUGCACGCUGCCUGGUCCUGACCCGAUGUGAAGGAGCUGGGGGUGCACAGAGCACCUCACUUUGCUGCUUCCCUGCUUUGUUAAGUUGUAUUCUUAUUUUAUUUGAUGAGAACUUGGCUUCUCCUCCAGCUACCUCCUGGCAGCAGACAGAGCCGAGCGCUUUGUAGCCUGCCUAAGUCAGGGUCCCCUGGCAGCAGUACAAGACAAGAAGAUGUUUAUAGCUGGAGAUAAUUGCUCUUCCUGCAGUAGAAAUACUUAGAAGCCCCACUAAAUGCUCGUGUCUUAAUUGCAGAGGGAUUACUUGAAAAGAAACGCUUUUCCCUCUCCUUUUCCUCCCUCGCUCCUUCAGACAGUUUAAGGAGAGGAAGUUUCUGAAGUGCAUGGCUGGCUCCGUGCAUGGCUUUACUGCUUUAUCUUCCUCCAGACUUUAGCUUAGGAAAGAAUUUCAGACCUUAACCUAAAGGAAGGUCUUCUCUUUUGGCCAGAAUCAGAGAGUUUGCCAUUUGCAAGCUGGAAGCUCCGAUAGGAGGGAAAUGAGAGAGAUGUGCUUGCUCUAUUGUGAGCUAUUUGGGCUGCGUGAUGCCUUUAAGAAGGCACCUGCCUUUGCUGUCCCACAGCAAACAGUGAACAGUGCUCUGCUUCCACGCUGCUGUUAUUCCCCGAUGCAAAUAGUGGGACUGGUGGGGCUGGGAUUGGCUGUAGGAGGCACAUGCAAAUCACUCCGUUGGGUCUUUAUAACAAUUUAUUCUUUUUUUUGCUUUUUCUUUCUUUUCUUUUUGUUUUUUCUCCUUCCCUCAACACGCCAUGAAAGGGUUAAAAUUCCCAUGCAAAGGGGAGAAGAGGGCGAGGGGGUGUCCGUCUGAAUUUGAAUAGAUAUUCUUCCUUCUUUUGCUCUGUGUACUUUGACUCUGUUAAGGAGGAGACGAGGGAUCCUGUGCAAAGUUGGUUAUUCCCACUCUUUCCUUUCAGCUGUCCCCGAAGGAGAACGUGGCCCCGGGUGUGGUGGCAGCCAUCACUUCAAGGAGAUCAAGAUGAGCAGUGAUGCGGCGGAUUCCACAGACACCCGGCAUGAACCCGACCAAGUGGAGCCAGGAAGUGAGCAGAAUGGGCUGGACUUUAACAGGCAGAUUAAAACUGAAGACCUCAGUGACUCCUUGCAAUCUACAAUCCCCCCCAGGUCAGGACACCUUGUACAGGGAUCCUCAAUGAUGCCUGGAAGCCAGAUAGCAGGGGACAUGAGCUCUCUCCACACCCUGCAGCAGCUCGUGUUGCUUCCCGGCCACAUGCAGUCCGUCCCCCAGUUUCUCCUCUCCCAGUCCCAGGCAGGGCAGCAAGCCUUGCAGCCCAACAUCCUUUCCUUCCCCCAGCAGCAGGGCAGCCUUCUCCUCUCCCAGCCAGGACCCAGCCUGGCAUCACAGGCCGUGGGCCGCUCUGGGCUCCCUGGCUCAUCUGUUGAACCCCACCUGGAUGUACCCCAGCACCUGCAAGUGGCCAAACACCUCACUCCAUCCGGAGCAUCCGAGGAGCCCAGCGACCUGGAGGAGCUUGAGAAGUUCGCUAAGACUUUCAAACAAAGGCGGAUCAAAUUGGGGUUCACACAGGGCGAUGUUGGGCUUGCCAUGGGGAAGCUCUAUGGCAAUGACUUCAGCCAAACCACCAUCUCCCGCUUCGAGGCUCUCAACCUCAGCUUUAAGAACAUGUGCAAGCUCAAACCUCUGCUGGAGAAGUGGCUGAGUGACGCGGAAUCUGCUCCUUUGGAUUCCUCCAUGAGCACUCCCAGCUCCUACCCCUCCGUGAACGAGAUGUUCGGACGGAAAAGGAAGAAGCGAACCAGCAUUGAGACCAACAUUCGCUCCACGCUGGAGAAAAGAUUCCAAGAUAACCCCAAGCCCAGCUCAGAGGAGAUCUCCUUGAUAGCAGAGCAGCUCUCCAUGGAAAAAGAGGUGGUUCGGGUCUGGUUCUGCAACCGGCGCCAGAAGGAAAAACGGAUCAGUUGCCCCAUGCCAUCCCCCAUCAAAUCACCCAUCUACAACUCCAGACUGGUCUCUACCUCAGGGUCCUUGGGGCCCCUCUCUGUCAACCCGGUGCACAGCACCAUGCCUGGGACAGGGAACUCCAGCAGGCCCUCAUCCCCUGGCAGUGCCCUCCACGCCAGCAGCCCCAGCACAGCCCAGAGCAACUCUAAAGCUGCCAUGAACUCAUCCGGUUUCAACUCUUCAGGAUCUUGGUACCGAUGGAACCAACCUACCUACCUCCACUGAGACCGCUCCGUCCUGUGUACGAGGGGCUCUGACCUCCAGCUAUGGACCAACUACUCCAGGAUCAAUGCUUGGGGCAACAUCUGGCGGCACGGUGCCUUCCAAGCACUGCCCCAUGAAGGCCGUGCUUAGGGGAACCCUGAGCAGCAGAACUGCAGGGACUCAGCCUGACCUCCCCGAGGAUCUGAACACCGACAGUGACAUUUUAACUCUCUUCCAUGCAUUCAUUCACUCCAAGAACGAGCCCUUGCUUAGCUCUAUCAGCAUGAAACACUGCCCUCUGCUUGCAAACCUCUGCGCUCACACCGGACUGUCCAGCAAUCCCUCAUCUGGAAGGAUUCCUAUGUCAGGACCCUCUUUCCCCCCCCCCCAACUCAUUUCAGAGCUUCCCACGAGAAGGGUCUGCCAUGCUGUUAGUGUCACGCACACGUACCAAACCCCCCAAAACUGAGCCGAGUUCACCCAGUUCAUUUCACCAGAGACCCGUGUCUAAAUGGCAGCCUUGGUUUCCCAUUGGCUUCCAAGGCCAACGACUGUGCUUUACCCACCACUGCGCUUGCUUUGCUUUGAGCCCUUCUGCUUUAUUUCUGAUUUUUUUUUUCUUUCCUUUUUUUUUU